UCUUUUUUCUUACUUUCUUUUAUUUUGUCGGUUAUCAUCCAGUCCACUUGUUUGAGCAGGGGACUCAGAAGGUAAGGAUGAAACUUGGAAGCUAAUAUUACAUUAAGUGUAUUAAAUAAACGUAUUAUUUUACUUCUUGUUUUCUAAGGGCUUCACCUAAUAAACCCAUUAUGAUAUUUUUUUUUUAAAUACUUUAGGUGGUAAACAGGUGAAAGUCAUGAGAUGUGCACUGUUACAUAGUUCUGCAAAAAAACAUUGUAUUUGUGAUUUUCUGAAACGUUUUUAACAUUUGAGCUUGUUUGCAGUUUAUUAAUUUGAUUUUUCUAUAUAAGAGGAAGCAUUGUGAUCCAGAAAUGAAAGGACUGAUAUAUCUUCUGUUUCAAGGUGUUCUGAUGUAUGAGACUUUGGCAUGGGAAGUGAGAAUGCCAACAGAAAUUCAUGGCCUUGAAGGUUCCUGUCUGGUUAUACCGUGCUCUUACUCUUACACUUCAAACCCACCAACUAACCCACGUAGAGUUGUGUGGUAUCAGUGGGUCUCUCGUGGCUACCCUUUAGUUUGUGAUCCCUUGAAUCCAGACAGUGUCCUUGACAAGUUCAGAGGAAAAACUGAUUUAUAUAACCCUACAAACUCAGAAUGGGAUUGUAGUCUGCUGAUCAAAAGCGUGGAUUCAUUCCACAAUGGAGAAAAAUUAUAUGCAUGGAUUGAUCGAGAAAAUGUUGGAUGGCGCACCUAUAAGUUUUAUGAUGUCACCUCCAUGGUUAUUGUUGACACAAAUCCACAGCAGCCCAUCAUUAAUAUUUCUGAAGGUUUAAAGAUCGGUGACAGCAUUACAGUAGUGUGUUACACCUUACACACCUGUCCAUACAGCAAACCAAACAUCAUUCUGAAGGGUAUUGAAGGAUCUGAUAAAAUCGAUGAUGUCCGUAUGGAAAAUGGUCAAUGGAAAACCACUCUGACACGCACCGGUGUUGUGAAGGCUGAACGCUCAGAUAUUGAGUGUAAUGUAACACAUCAUGGAGGCAUAACAACAAGAGCUACAAAAUCACAAAAUGCCAAAUGUGUUCAUUCUAAUAUAACCAUUGAGCCUGAACAGGCAGCAGAUAUCAUAGAGGGUGUUGAUAUGAACUUCACUUGUACCGUCCACCAUUCCUGCCAGACGAAUCCUCCGAUCCUCUCCUGGAACUAUGAGAACAUGUCAGUCAAAAAUGAUAAGAAACAACUUACAGGAUUUGAAUUGGCCACCUUUUCCACCAUAACCUUUUUGGGGGCAAAGAAAGACGAUGGGAAGAUAUUGAUCUGCACUGCAAAUAUUUCUGGACAGAAAAUCACAGCAUCUGUCGACUUACAUGUACAACCUGUUUCCCAGAACCCAGAUGUGAUGACCUUUGACAUGAAGACAAUUGGGCUUUACAUUCUAGCCCCCUCAUUUGCCUUUCUUCUCAUUUGUAUAUUUGCUGGAGUCAUCAUAUACAAGAAGUGUAACAGGUCUUCACCUGCUAAUCCACAAGAAUCACAGCUGGAACGAAGGUCAAAUGCGGUUGCGGCAGACAAGACUUUCUCUAAAGCCCGUAUACCAUCACCAAAGAGGCAGAGAAAAUCCUGCCCUAUGGAGAAUUAUGAAGAUUAUUAUGCCAACAUGGAAGAUCUCAACAUUUAUGGAAACGUCUAAUGAAAAUGCUCCACAUUUUCUCCAAAAAUGUGCUUAAUACAGUGUUUAAAACAGAAAAAGACAAAAGUCAAACAUAUAUUUUAGACAAUAUAUUAAAAAUACAACGUGUCUUGGAUUUGUCAAGGAAAAAUUAGCAUCAAUACUUUUCACAUGCUUUUAUACAUAUUAUACUUACUGUCUCUCUCUGUUUGAUUUGUGUGGCAUCUGGAUCUCUCUCUGGCUUUUCAGCUCUAAUGAGCAAGGUUGUCUUCAAUGCCAAGUUCAGACUGCAUGAUUUUUAAAGUAGUUGAGUCACAGAUCUUUUUUUACACUGUAUGACUAUCUGGGAUAGGGUUCAGUAGCUGGUGUGUUGACACUGCAUGAUGGGUCGGCGACAGUGGGUUUCACACAUAGACUGUAAAAAAAUAAAUUGUAAUUAUUUUGAUUCCAAAAAUGUCCGACCAUGGGCGCUGCCAUGUUACGUAUGUCAUUUUGGAAUCAGGGCAUUGGCAGAAGGAAUCGUGCAUGCAGCCAGAGGCGGAGCCGCAGUAUAUUAAACUUCCGCCCAAACACUCGUGCGCCCAAUUCAACCACGCCAAUCAUAAGGACACGCCCAAUUUCUAUAGCAUCAAAUUACUAGCUACAAUGAAACUUAUUACAAAAAUGAACAAUUAUUAAUUUUAUUAAAGGAAAUGAAAGAAAUGACUUGGGAAAACCCAGAUGCACUGAAUGUCUCACCCUGAUACCCCCAAUUUAUGGGGACGGAAAUAAAAUAAAGUCUCAUUACACAAUAAUGCCAAUGCUUAGUGGGAUAAAAUUAACUUUAAUAUUUCUUACAUCUAUCUUAAACAAAACAGUGAACAAAAAAUUGACAACAACUGGGUAUUAUACAAUCUAUAUUGUUCAUUACACCCCUGUGGACUGAAACUGUGGAAUUGCCCAUCAGCGUGAUAACAACUACCUUAAAGGACCAAAACCAUCUUUAGGAAAAUUUUAUUGGAAGUGUAAGGGGUUGUGUACACCAAAACUUUUACGCCCGCGGCCGGCGCAUGUUUUCAAUUGUUUCCAAUGGAAGCUCAGUGUUUUUCAAAUAAGUCAGUUUUUUCCGCGCUGAAAACCGGCGUUCGGCGUUUUUUCAGCGCUCGGCGCUGAGCGUCGAGAGUUGAAAGAGAUUCAACUUUGGGAGAAAAGCUCCGCUCGUUAAUGUCAGUUCUCACACGGCCGCCCAAUCACAGUGGAGGAGGGGCGGGACAUUACCACAGCAACCAACCGGCUCGCAGCUGAAGUAUCACAGCUACCAAAGUGCUCAGCUGAAGAAAGCUGGCACUCAGCUGAAAAACAGCUGGCAAUCAGCGUCCUCAAGGCGUUUUCAGCCGCGUUUAAAAGUUUUGGUGUGUCCAGCCCCUAAAUAUUGUUUUAUUUAGAGCCGAGUCUCGUUCGUUUGCAUGGAGAGGGCGGGGUUUAAGACUUGUAUUGCAGAGGAUUCACUUUUCAAGAUGUAUGAGGCACACCCGGUUUUACAUUGCAUGACUUCACCAUAGGAAUAAUCGCCGACAACUUUGUCCCGGUCCGCAAAUUACGUCUCUCAACCAAACGCACGUGAUAAGUGACAAGGAAACAAUGCGAGUUCACGCAUGCAACACCCCGGAGUUCUCAUGUGAAACUGGGAUUAUUAUUAAAAAUGGUAGCCCUCAAGAAGCUUGCCAUACAAAUUGCAUGCGCGCUCAUUUGCAGCGAAAAAAGAAAAAGUGAAGCACCCCUUUUUCUGAUCCGAAGCCAUGCUUGCUGAUAUUUUGGUCUGUCUGUACCUUAUAACUCCUCCCUGAACUUCCAACUAUCCUGUAUGUUGCUCUCUCAUUGGCUGUAGGUCAUCAACGAUGUUAUUUACGGUCAAAACACAUUUUACACGGCAUGAUUUUUAAUCGUAUGCAGGUCAAGAUAUCUGAUAUUCUCUCAGAUCACAUGUUUGAUAGAUCACACUGUGUGAAUGUCACUCGCAUGCACGAGCACCGAGUUGCCUGUGGUUUCAGGCAUUUGUCGGCGAUUUCUCAGAACUUGUUGGCGAGACUAAAUCAAGGCUAAAGUGCAGUCUGAACUUGGCACAAGCAAACAACUUUUCUUAUCAAGGAAUAGUUCACCCAAAAACUAAAAUUCUGUCAACAUGUACUCCCUCUUUUAUUGUUCCUGUCUUUAUUCUGUUGAAGAUAUUUUGUUAAAUAAUGUUGAGCAUAGUCGGUACCUAUUGAUUUUCUUGUUUUUUC